CGAGCUUUGACUCAGUUGUUUCGGCAGCGCGGCUGACAGCAGCACUGCGGUGUUAUCCGUCACUCCCCGGACUUCUCUCGUUCCUCGCUCGUUUUCCUCGACGGCUCUUCUCCUUUUCCCGAUUUUUCAUUUGUUUCUAUCCCCAAUACAAGCCCCCCCGCCCCCCGGGGACAGACAUAUGAUCCGGCCUGCAGGGCGGACAGCUGGUGCGGUGAUAACACCGGAGGCGGGUCGGGGUGAGGGGAGUGGGCGGAGGAGGAUGCCCUUGACUCGGGGGAGGAGGAGUUAGGAGGAGAAGAGAGGGUUGGUGGGGGCGGCGGCACCAUCAUGCAAUCCACACAACCAUUGACAUUGUGACUGUGUGAUCUUCAUUGGCAGGAGCGUCAGGGAUGCGGCGCAGGCUCUCCAGGUCCACUUUGUCCCCGCGGGCCGAGGAGCAGCAGCGUCGGCGGCGUCCUGCCGAGGAUGGAAAUGCUGAGCAUCUGCAGGGAGCGCUGGCCCCCGAGCGCCGCUGGUCCAGCUGAGGAGACCUGAGCGCUCCCCACCUCUGGAUUAGAUGGUGGCAGAAGGCGAGUGUGCACGACGAGAUAAACAAACCCCACAGGCUGUCCUGCCCUCGCUGCAGAUAAGCUGUGAGUCUGCUUUGACUUUGAUUGUCACGUUUGCCUUUUUUGGGGCCUCUUUAGGUACCACAGACUCCAUCUUUGGGAGUAGAUGUACCUAUUAAUAAUAAAUGGACUGGGCAGCAGCCCCUGAACUGUAGAUGUCGGCUUGAGAUUGGUCAAGUUUGUUUUUCUAACCCCCAACAAGAGGUGGGGACGACUGAAAAUAAUGGCUGACCACGAAGAAGCAGCAGAGUUGUCCCUUCAGAGGGAGGAUGGGUUCUCCAGCGAGCUGGAGGAACCAGCCACAGACUUCAAAUCUAAAAGUAUGCCGAUGUUAAACGAAGCUGCGCCUCAAAAGGAAACCCUACUGGCUAGUUCUACGCGCAUGUCAAUAACGGCGGAAGAGAGCACCGAGUUCAUCCAGCCCCCGGCCAAAGCGGAGUCCUUCGAGCCGGAGUCUCCAACGAGAACAAACUACCUGCCCAAGUCGGGCAAGUCGGCGCUGAACCGGCCGAGCUCGUACAUGGAGAACACGGAGAUCCGAAGGGGUAAAAACAUGGCGAGGAGGAAGCCCCCUGGCUUUUUCGCUUCUAGGCUAUCAUCGAUUCGUCUGCCCAGUAGGAAGUACCUGGGCAUUAUCCUUCAGGACUCACGCUGCUUCCUGUUCUGCAUGUGCUACCUGACGUUCAUCCAGUCGCUCAUGGUGUCGGGCUACCUCAGCAGCGUCAUCACCACCAUAGAAAAGAGGUACAGCCUGCGGAGCUCAGAGUCAGGCCUGCUCGUGAGCUGUUUCGACAUCGGGAGCCUCCUGGUGGUCGUCUUCAUCAGCUACUUUGGUGGGCGGGGCCAGAGGCCACGCUGGCUGGCUGUAGGCGGGGUCUUCAUUGCUGUGGGCGCCGCCCUCUUCUCCUUACCUCACUUCAUCUCCCCGGCCUACCAGAUCCAGGAGGUCAACUCAUCCUCCGCCCGCGAGGGCCUGUGCAUGAACAGCAACGCCAGCGGCAGGGACCGCGUCGACAUCACGUCCUGUCCCAGAGACCAGGAGGGCAACGAGCACAACCUCUAUGUGGCGCUGUUCGUCAUCGCCCAGAUCCUGGUGGGCAUGGGAUCCACACCUAUCUACACGCUGGGGCCCACCUACCUGGACGACAACGUCAAGAAGGAGAACGCCUCACUGUAUUUAGCCAUCAUGUACGUGAUGGGAGCGCUGGGCCCGGCGGCGGGCUACCUGCUGGGCGGCGUCCUCAUCGGCUUCUACGUGGACCCCAAGACCGUGGUCAACAUCGACCAGAGCGACCCGCGCUUCAUCGGCAAUUGGUGGAGCGGGUUCCUGCUGUGCUCCGUGGCCAUGCUGCUCGUCAUCUUCCCCAUGUUCACGUUCCCCAAGAAGCUGCCGCCGCGACACAAGAAGAAGAAGAGGAGGAAAAAGGUGAGCAUGGACGACCUGUCCAGCGACGACGACGUCCUCAAGGAGAAGAGCAACAACAACAAGGGCCAGGCGGUCACCUCGUCCAUGGGCUUCGGCAGGGACAUUAAAGACCUGCCCAAAGCAGCGGUGAGGAUCCUCAGCAACGUGACCUUCCUGUUCGUCAGCCUGUCCUACACGGCGGAGAGCGCCAUCGUCACCGCCUUCAUCACCUUCAUCCCCAAAUUCAUCGAGUCCCAGUUCGGCAUCCCGGCCUCCAACGCCAGCAUCUACACCGGUCUGAUCAUCGUGCCCAGCGCCGGCGUGGGCAUCGUGCUGGGCGGCUACAUCAUCAAGAAGCUGAAGCUGGGAGCUCGCGAGUCGGCGAAGCUGGCCAUGAUCUGCAGCGGCGUGUCGCUGCUCUGCUUCUCCACGCUCUUCAUCGUGGGCUGCGACAGCAUCAACCUGGGAGGGAUCAACAUCCCCUACACCACCGGCCCGACACUCACCAUGACCCAGCGGAACCUGACCGGUGGCUGUAACGUGAACUGCGGCUGCAGGAUCCACGAGUACGCUCCGGUGUGCGGCUCCGACGGCAUCACGUACUUCAACCCCUGCCUGGCCGGCUGCAACAGCGUGGCCAACGACAGCACCGGGAUCCGGAACUACUCGGACUGCGCCUGCGUCCAGAGUCGGCAGGUCAUCACGCCGUCGACCGGCGGCCAGGGCAGCAACCAGCUGCAGCUCGUCAUCGUCAAGACGUACCUGAACGAGAACGGCUACGCGGUGGCGGGGAAGUGCGACCGCACCUGCAGCACCCUCAUCCCCUUCCUCAUCUUCCUCUUCAUCGUCACGCUCAUCACCGCCUGCGCGCAGCCCUCCGCCAUCAUCGUCACCCUCAGGUCUGUGGCAGAGCCGGAGAGGCCGUUCGCUCUGGGGAUGCAGUUUGUUCUCCUCAGGACUCUCGCCUACAUCCCGACGCCCAUCUACUUCGGCGCCGUCAUCGACACCACCUGCAUGCUGUGGCAGCAGGACUGCGGCGUCCACGGCUCCUGCUGGGAGUACGACGUCACCUCGCUGCGCUUCGUGUACUUCGGCCUCGCCGCCAGCCUCAAGUUCCUCGGCUUCCUCUUCAUCUUCCUCACCUGGUACUCGCUCAAGUACAAGGAGGAGCGGGUGGAGCGCUGGAUGAAGCGCCACCUGUCGCCCGUCGACACGGUGGGCAGCCUCGUGUGCCACCCGGGCGGACACAAGGGCCACGCCCGCACCCGCUCCUGCCCCGUCAACAUCCCGCGCAGCGACCCCAACGCUCUGCCGGUCAACGCGGCGCCGCGCGCCGGCGCCCUCAACCGCGGCGUCAGCACGCAGAGUUGCCCCGGCAACGAGCUGAAAGCAGGAGCCCCUCCCCCGCCGGCUGCGCCGUCGACCGCAGGGACCCCCACCCCCACGCCGGCCCGAUCGCUGGAACACGUUUCAGCACGGGUCUGAGUUUCAGAAGGGCGGGAGCGGUCGUCGCAGAGCUCCCGCCCUCAUGUGAGAAACACUCAGAGUCCGUCUGCAGCUCCUGAUUGGUCCUGAAGCUCCAGAUCAGUGGUUGAAUGAUGAAGAGUCGGCCCCCGUCUCUGACACACACAAAAUCUGCCUGGUCGGUGAAUCAGGUGUUUUCUUUGUUGUCCACCGCCCCCCCCCCCCCGGCAACACGUGCCUUCUGUCACCGUGGUCGUCACACCUCACAUGUAUGUACAGUACAAACGCACGUCGUAGGAAUACUUCCCCUUCACCUCACGUGUGUGUGUGUGUGUGUGUGCUGCUUCUUCUUCUCCUCCUCCUUCCUUUGUGGGGGUGGGGGGUAAUUUCCCACCCCCACAAAUCAUGGAACAACCACAACAAUAACCACAAAAUAAAUAAGAGAACAUCCCGUGGAAAUGUGAUACACUGCAAUUGUGCAAAGAACAGGAAACCGAUGGCGUGGUGCUACGUAGAGAAGACAAACGAUGUUUAGCGUCCGUUUCUUUUGUUUCGUUUUUUUUAGGGUUAAGAACAUUUGAAAAGAGUCCGACCGGACGACGGGUCGCUGGGCCGAGCAGCUGACGCGUGAAUUAAUGAAUGAACAGUAUUACGGCUGGAAGUCGGAUUGUUUGGCCUUGUUUGACCUCCAUACAAUGCAUCCAUACAGGAAACCUGCUGCCCCCUCCCCCCCUCCCCCCUCCCCUCGGCCGGCAGCCUGAUCAGUGGUUUAGUCUGAAAAGUAAAAAGAAAGAGAGAAAGAACAGGAUUGGUAUUUUCCUCCACAUUCCCCCGGCUGGACGACUCACUGGGAUCCGGUUCGUUGGCUCCGGCGCCGCGCGACUGGAGGAAGUCACACUUGCGCUCAACCCGUAGGAAGACGAGUAGUCGACCGUCACGUAGAGGAAGUCGUAGUGUAGUCGUCGAGAAAAAUCCAUAGAAAGAAAAGAAGCUGCUGGUGAGUUCAGGGAAGAAUCCCGGACGGAGAAUGAGCUUCGUGCCGCCGCGUCACCAAAGCUUCUUUAGCUGGAACAAGUGGACGUGCGUGGUUCCUCUCGCCACACGACCACGUGUCCUGAUGCGAAGCUCUGAGACGGAGCAGAAUCACUGUCACUGCAGCUUAUUCUUUGAUUCAUAAAUCUACUGAUUAUUCUCUUGAAAUUCAAACAAUGAAGUAGUUUGUCAAGUCAAAUAGUGAACUAGAGCGUCGGCGGCAACGGGCUCCUGAUGAAACCACGUUUAAAUCUCACGCACUCGUAGAAUCAGUCCGCAAAUAUUCACCUGAUUUUGUUUGUUGUUGUUGUUUUUCAUCCACAUCCAUGAACGACUCCCUGGGAAAUCUGUGAAAGCGUCGGCGACAUUUCGAGGAGGAAAGUGAUCUUUUUCGUUAAAUCGUGCAUUUUAUUUUUGAAGUGAAACACAUUGACCACAUCUUCAUGAGUCGAUGAGCUGGUGGCCGUUCGUGGUGUUCAGGCAAACAAGCGCUGAAAAAUGUUUUUUAUAAUUUUUUCUGGAAUAUUUUAGUUUGACAACAUCCGUUGUGGAUUGUGUGGUUUGAAUUCCCCUCUUUCGUUUGAAGUUGUGCCAUUUAAAAAAAAAAAAUUCAUUUAGACAUUUUCAGAUCCACAAAUUGAGGUAAAAAUUUAAAUUAAAAAAUCAUGUUGAUCCUCGGUUGUCUAAAUGUCCCUAAUCUCAUUUUAGGGUCUGGAAUUUGUAUUUUAUUUGACCUCAAAAAGUUUGAUUUGCUUGAUUUUUUUUCUUUUAUUCAACCACUCAAAUACACGUGGAAUCGACAGGAAUGUUUUUCAAAAUAAGAUAUUCCAGUGAGGUUAAAUUAAGUAUUCAGUUAAAAUCCACUUUUACUCAAAUGAGUCAAACUAAUAUUGUGAUAGUUUGCUCCCCCCCCCCCCAAAAAAAAGGGUCGUUCCUCAGCGUCACCACUUCACGUCCUCCUUGCUCAUGUUGUUGCAUCAUGCGCAUCAUAUUUGUUUUCGUCUUUUGUUAGAAACAAGGUCUUUUUCGGACACGUCACGUCACGUCACGUCACGGCACGCCACGCCACGCCACGCCACGCCACGCCACGUCACGCCAGGUCAGGUCAGGUCAGGUCAGGUCAGGUCACGUCAGGUCACGUCAGGUCACGUCAGGUCACGUCAGGUCACGUCAGGUCACGUCACGUCACGUCACGUCACGUCACGUCACGCCACGCCACGUCACGACUGUUCAGGGUUUUUCGUGCGUGUUCGCGUCGUCGUCCUCUGUGGACGCCUGCUGGUUCGUACGUGGAACUGCAGCCGCACGCGGAAGGGCGUCCGUUGGAAGACGGAGCGGAGGAAUUUGUAACAACGCGGUUCUUUUUACAUUUGAGAAUAAGCUUUGGACGUCGAGUGAGGACAUUGCAGUUGGCUUCUUCAGAUUUCUCCCUUCCUUCACGGACGAGGAGGAAAAGCUGCAAAGCUUCACGUUCGAGAAGCCGGAAAGCAACUGAGGAAAGGACGAAUACUAGUUAAUUUGUUAACAACAAAAUCCUUUACUGUAUUUUUCUUCCACCCAAACUCACAGCGACGUACAGUAAGUCCUGUCCGGGUGCGUGUGGCGUGAUCUCGUUCCCGUGCGGCGCCACAGAGCUUCUGCAAACGGCUUCAGAGUCACUUCCUGCCGAUCGGCCGAUGGGAUAAUGGAUCUGGAUUCAGCCGCACAGGAACUUUGCCUGGUUCAGAUCUAAAAAUUACAUUUCAAAUUGAAUUAAAUUUCCCAAUUUUUCCUGAUUAAAAUUUUGAAAGAGAUUGACUCGCAAAGCGUUUGGUGCGUCCGUCAGUCAAGACACAGAUUCCAGCUGUCACAUGUUAACACAACUCCGGGCUCGACAAGCCGCCGUGACUCAAAACCAAAAAUGUCCAUUUACACGUUAACUGACCUUAUGUACCGUUACAUAGUCAUUAGCUGUCGCGUUUGGUGUGAACAGUGUUUCGUCUAGAGCUUCAAGAGAUUAAUCGACUAGUAAGCGAUUACUAAAUUAAUUUCAGCUUAUUAAAUGUGAAUAUGUUCUGGUUUCUUUGCUCCUCUUUGACAGUGAACCGAAUAUCUUUGGUGUGUGGACAAAACAAAACAUCAUCUUGGAGUUUUGGGAAACACGAUCGACAUUUUUCACCAUUUUAUGAACCAAACAACUAAUCGAUUAGUCGACAGAUUAAUCAAUUAUGAAAAUAAUCGUUAGUUGCAGCACUAGUUUCGUCCUCGCGCUCCUCUGCUCGCGUCACUUCCUCUCAUGGACACAAGGGGGCGUUCACCUGUGUGUGGUUUUCAUGUAAGUAACGUGGCUUCACUUCCCUCAGACUGAAUCUGAAUGUGUGCGAGCUCGUCCGGACAGACGAGGUUAGUUUCAUUUCUUCUUCUUUGAUUUGAAUAUCAGUAUUGUAUUUAUUUGAAAAGUACAGUGUUUUUUUUUUUCGACCUCAACGUAGAUUUGUGGACACGCCGUUCACAGACGCCUUGGAUACUCGACUUGCGUCGGUGAAAAUGUGAAACAAUAAUAAAACAGUAUUACAAGAAA